UGUCGCCGUGGUGGAUCCCAUUCGAAGGCGACGGCGGUCGUCUGUAUUUCGGUUCUAAUCUCUCCAGAAAAAAAGGCGAAAUAACCCCGCACGGACAGCGAAUUUGACACUCUCAGGUUGAGAUUUUUCUUCCAAAUUACUCUCGGUCGAGCUUGUGGCUGGGCUCUGGAAUGACGGGGUGUGCCGAGAAUUUGAAUUAGCUCGCCGUUAGUUUGAAGAAAGAGUCGGGGUAGAGAGAGCGAGCGAGAGAGAGAGAGAGAGAGAGAGAGAGGAGCCAUUUUGUCCCGACUGUGUGGGAGAAAAGAAAGAGUGGAAAAGAGGAAUCACACGGGAGGAGAUCCUAUUUUUGCUUUCUGUUCUCAUGCUGUAGGGGGGAAAACAGUCGGGCUCGGGAAAUUUAAGUUCUCGGACACGUCUACGGACACGUUAUUUGGGUGGUAUUUAGGCAACAAGCUCGCCAAGCUAAUCAACAAAUCCCAGAUUGUUAACUUAACAGUCAAGAGGAGCGGGGCGGUUGGUCGGUUUGGCGAAGGAGCUGGCUUUAGACUUCACAUAGGAGUGCUAGGUUAUCCAUUUUUUUUGUAUCUAUCUGGGUAAACACAAGCUGUUUUUUCAAUGGCGAAGAAGACGUACGACUUGCUGUUCAAGCUGCUUCUGAUCGGAGACUCGGGCGUGGGGAAGACCUGUGUGCUGUUCCGCUUCUCUGACGACGCCUUCAACACAACCUUCAUCUCCACCAUAGGAAUAGACUUCAAGAUCAAAACUGUUGAAUUACAAGGAAAGAAGAUCAAACUACAGAUUUGGGACACAGCGGGCCAGGAACGGUUCCACACCAUCACCACCUCCUACUACAGAGGAGCCAUGGGCAUCAUGCUGGUCUACGACAUCACCAACGCCAAGAGCUUUGAAAACAUCAGCAAAUGGCUGCGCAACAUUGAUGAGCAUGCAAAUGAGGACGUUGAGAGGAUGCUGCUAGGCAACAAGUGUGACAUGGAGGACAAGAGGGUUGUACCAAAAACCAAGGGGGAGCAGAUUGCGAGGGAGCAUGGCAUUAGGUUUUUUGAGACGAGUGCUAAGGCCAACAUCAACAUCGAGAAGGCUUUCCUCACGUUAGCAGAAGACAUCCUCAGAAAGACGCCUGUAAAAGAGCCCAACAGUGAAAACGUCGACAUCAGCAGCGGAGGCGGAGUCACAGGCUGGAAGAGCAAGUGCUGCAGUUGAACAACUCCUCUGUUUCAGUCACACUAACGCACACAAACACACAGACACACACGUAUUCUCUCUCUCUAACUGCUAACUCUUAACUCUCGCCCUCUAACCUGUCUCAUGAGUUUUUUUUCGUGCACACUGACACUGUUUGUCUCUUUAUCAGAAUAAAACAAUAAACCACUUCACUCAUCUAACCCCCCCCCUUUCCUCCUCCUCCUCCUCAUCCAACCACCCC